AUGGAGCGUUUAACGCCGGGAACAAUGGCGACACGGUCGUGGCUGCUUCUUCUCUGCUUCGCCGCCGCCGCCACCGCCGGUCUGCUCCAAGCGCAUGCCCAGCCUGAUAGCAACGGUUUCAUUAGCAUAGACUGUGGCCUCCCGGGGAAGACGGGCUUCGCGGACGACAAGAGCACUCUAUACUUCGUCGCCGACGACGGCUUCACCGACGGCGGCGCGUACCACAACAUCUCGGCGGAGUACAUCACGCCGGGGCUCGGCAAGCGCUACCACAGCCUGCGCAGCUUCCCCGACGGCACGCGCAACUGCUACACGCUCCGGUCGCUCGUGGCCGGGCUCAAGUACCUCGUCCGCGCCACCUUCAUGUACGGCAACUACGACGGCCUCGGCAAGCCGCCCAUCUUCGACGUCUACAUCGGCGUCAACUUCUGGAUGAUGGUGAACAUCUCCGACCCCGCCGGCUCGACGCUCCUGGAGGCCAUCGUCGUCGUCCCGGACGACUUCGUGCAGGUCUGCCUGGUGAACACCGGCACCGGGACGCCGUUCAUCUCCACGCUGGACCUCAGGCCUCUGGAGAAGAAGCUCUACCCGCAGGCGAACGAGACCCGGGGCCUGUCCUUGUUCGGCCGGUGGAACUUCGGCCCGACUUCUGAUACUACGUUCAUCAGGUACCCCGAUGAUCCACACGACAGAGUGUGGCAGCCAUGGGUCUCGCCCUCAUUAUGGACCGAGGUAUCAACGACGAGGCCGGUGCGACACAUCGACGAGGACGUAUUCGACGCGCCGACGGCGGUGAUGCAGACGGCGAUCACGCCGCUCAACGGCUCAGGCAACAUCGAGUUCGCCUGGGUACCCUACGUGCAGCCCAAGGACCCGUCGCCGGGGUACCUCGCCAUCAUGCACUUCUCCGAGCUGCAGCUCCGCAGCAGCAGCGCCGUGCGGGAGUUCUACAUCAACCUGAACGGCAACAUGGUGUUCAGCAAGGCUUACACGCCUCCCUACCUCUACGCCGACGCCAUCUUCAACAGCGACCCCUUCCUGCGGUACACCCAGUACAACAUCUCCAUCAAUGCCACCGCCAACUCGACGCUGCCACCGAUGAUCAACGCGAUCGAGGUGUACUCCGUCUUCUCAACCGCCACCAUCGGCACAUACGGCCAGGACGUUUCUGCCAUGAUGGCGAUCAAGGAAAAGUAUCUGGUGAAGAAGAACUGGAAGGGUGAUCCGUGCGUUCCGAAGACGCUCGCGUGGGAUAACUUGACCUGCAGCUAUGACAGUUCCAAACCUGCAAGAAUCACAAACAUAAAUCUUUCCUCCAGUGGUUUGAGUGGUGAGAUAUCGUCCUCUUUUGCCAAUCUCAACGCUCUUCAAUACUUGGAUCUGUCGAACAACAAUUUGUCCGGUUCAAUUCCAGAUGCACUUUCACAGUUAGCUUCAUUAACAGUAUUAGAUUUGACAGGAAAUCAAUUCAGUGGAUCGAUUCCUGCUGGACUCCUCCAAAGAGUUCAAGAUGGCACCUUAAAUUUAAAAUACGGAAAUAAUCCAAACCUUUGCACCAACGGCAAUUCAUGCCAGCCACCCAAUAAGAAGAGCAAGCUUGCCAUCUACAUAGCUGUUCCUGUAGUUCUUGUUGUGGUGAUAGCAUCGGUCACAAUACUACUUUGCCUUCUGAGACGAAAAAAGCAAGGAUCAAUGAACAAUUCUGUAAAGCCACAAAACGAGACAACAACGAGCUAUGUGACGACAAAUGUUAGCCAUGGGCAUAGUUCAUCCAUGCAGCUUGAGAACCGUCGAUUUACUUAUAACGAACUGAAGAAGAUAACGAACAACUUUCAGAGAGUGCUUGGCAAAGGAGGGUUUGCCGAUGUCUUUGAUGGCUUCUUGGAGGAUGGCACUCAAGUGGCAGUCAAAUUGUUAAGGUCUCAAUCUUGCAAACAAGGCGAUGCGGAAUUCCUUGCAGAGGCUCAGAUUUUAACUCGCAUUCACCACAAGAACCUUGUUUCUAUGAUUGGUUACUGCAAGGAUGAAAAAUACAGGGCACUUGUCUAUGAGUAUAUGUCAGAAGGAACACUUCAUGAACAUAUUGCAGGUAAAAGAAACAAUGGGAAAUACUUAACCUGGAGUGAGAGGCUCCGAAUUGCGUUGGAAUCUGCUCAAGGGCUGGAAUACCUACACAAAGGAUGCAACCCGCCUCUUAUUCACAGGGAUGUAAAGGCAAGCAACAUCUUAUUGAAUGCAAAGCUGGAGGCCAAGAUUGCCGAUUUUGGCUUGUCUAAGGCAUUCAGUCCUGAUAAUGACACCCAUGUAUCCACGAGCAGGAUUGUUGGCACUCAUGGAUAUAUGGAUCCUGAGUACCACGCAACAAUGCAACCAACGAUCAAAAGCGAUGUCUACAGUUUUGGUGUUGUCCUACUGGAACUAGUCACGGGGAGGUCAGCUAUCAUGCAUGAUCCGGAGCCCAUUAGCAUCAUCCAUUGGGCACGACAACGUCUAGCACGCGGUAACAUUGAAGGUGUAGUGGACGGACACAUGCAUGGUGACCACGAUGUAAAUGGUGUGUGGAAGGUCGCGGACAUUGCACUCAAAUGCACCGCGCAGGUUUCGGCACAAAGGCCCACUAUGACCGAUGUGGUGGCCCAGCUGCAAGAGUGCCUUCAGCUUGAGGACGGGCGACGUGCCAUGAGUGAUGCAAACAACUCCUAUACUGGCAAUAACAGCAAUCCAAACUCAAGUUACAGCAUGUAUGCUACUGAUCAAUCCACUGAUGUGAGUCAGAACAGUGGUACAAUUGACAUGGAGUAUAAUUUUGAAAGGAUACCACCAACGGCCACUGGUCCUGCUGCACGAUAAUUUUGUUUGUCAAUUCAGCUAAAUGCCAUUUUCCUCGAAGAUUAUCUCAUGGAACUUUUAGAUGAUGUUGUUUUAAAGUAAGUGUAAAUGUACAAAUUUCAUACACUCAAGAUCCUCAAUAAACCUUUUCUGUUUGGAACUUGGAACCAAUGUACCUGUCUAUGAUUUGAGUAGCUCAAUAAACCUAAGCUAUU